UGCCAACCACGUCCUCAAUGCCUCUCUGAACGAACGAGAGAGCGAGCGAGCGAGCGAGCGCCAGCCAGAAGGAGACCCGAGGAGGAGGAGGAGGAGGAGGAGGCACACUCGCGAAAAGAGAGAGCGAAAGAGGAAGAUGAGGAUUAUUUGCAGACACCUUGUCUUGUUGUUUUCUGGCUUUUGGGGACUCGCGAUGGGCGCUUUUCCUAGCAGCGUGCAAAUAGGUGGCCUCUUCAUCAGAAACACCGAUCAGGAAUAUACUGCUUUUCGGUUAGCGAUUUUUCUUCACAACACCAGCCCCAAUGCGUCCGAAGCACCGUUUACUUUGGUUCCACACGUAGACAACAUUGAAACAGCAAACAGCUUCGCUGUAACAAAUGCCUUCUGCUCCCAGUACUCAAGAGGAGUAUUUGCCAUUUUUGGACUAUACGACAAAAGAUCUGUACAUACCUUGACCUCAUUCUGCAGCGCCUUGCACAUCUCGCUCAUCACACCGAGUUUCCCCACCGAGGGAGAGAGCCAGUUUGUUCUGCAACUGAGGCCUUCCUUACAGGGAGCGUUGCUAAGUUUGCUUGGCCAUUAUAAAUGGAGCCGCUUCGUCUUCCUUUACGACACAGAUAGGGGUUACUCAAUACUUCAAGCUAUUAUGGAAACAGCAGGAGAAAAAAGCUGGCAAGUCAGUGCCAUUUGUGUGGAGAAUUUUAAUGAUGCGAGCUACAGGCAGCUUUUAGAAGACUUGGAUCGGAGACAGGAAAAGAAAUUCGUAAUAGAUUGUGAAAUAGAGAGGCUUCAGAAUCUCUUAGAACAGAUUGUGAGUGUUGGGAAGCAUGUUAAAGGCUACCAUUACAUCUUAGCAAAUCUGGGUUUCAAGGAUAUUUCUUUGGACCGGUUUAUGCAUGGAGGAGCUAAUGUCACUGGAUUUCAGCUAGUGGAUUUUGAUACACCAAUGGUUGCUAAACUCAUGCAACGGUGGAAGAAACUGGAUCAAAGAGAAUACCCAGGAUCGGAAUCUCCUCCUAAGUAUACCUCUGCUCUCACCUACGAUGGGGUGCUUGUGAUGGCUGAGACUUUCCGUAAUCUUCGAAGACAGAAAAUUGAUAUUUCUCGGAGAGGGAAUGCUGGGGAUUGCCUCGCAAAUCCGGCUGCACCAUGGAGUCAAGGGAUUGACAUGGAGAGAACGCUGAAACAGGUUCGAAUACAAGGACUGACAGGGAAUGUUCAGUUUGAUCACUAUGGUCGCCGAGUUAACUAUUCAAUGGAUGUGUUUGAAUUGAAGAGUACUGGCCCUCGAAAGAUUGGUUACUGGAAUGAUAUGGAUAAGUUGGUUUUGAUUCAGCAUGAGCCUACAUUGGGAAAUGACACAUCCGCUCUUGAGAACAGAACAGUCGUUGUAACCACAAUUAUGCCUCUGAUGAAGAAUCCUAUUUUAAGAAAUUGAUCAAGGAAGAAAAGAGUUCCACGCUGCUGUGAACAUUCCUAACUAAGGCUCAAGCGUUAAUCUCCAGUAUAGUAGCAUUGAGAUAUAUUUUUCCAUAUGGAUUUCUGAUCCUCUGGCUGGAUGAACCGGCACUGAACCAUCAAGGAAAACCAAAAAGCUCUGUGACUGUUCUGCAAUGCCAAAAUCAUAUGGCAUUCAGUCUUCAAGGUUGUCAAGCUGUGAAGAAAAGGAUGGGGAUUUCAAGGUUCUCCAGUUGAUUUUUCCCCCUCUUAUGCCAAUCUUUAAAUUGAGGCUUUCAUAUAUGUACAGUGGAAAUUAUUGUCAAGUACUUCCAAGUGAAGUCAAGUGAAGUCAAAUGGGAUAUGAGGAAAGUGUCUGUGUUGUUUCUGUUAAAGCAUUUUGAUGUGCAUAUUAAAUGUUAUCUUGGCAAAAAAAAAACUCAAUCAGCUUUAGGAUGGCUAUUUUAUUUUCCAAAUGAGAGAACUGAAUGAAUUUUAUGUAGCAUGCCAAAGCUUCUUGCAGCAUGCUAUUUUAUGGUUCUAGGGUGGAAAACAUUCUGAAAGAGGAGUAUCUUAUUGUAUUUUUAAUCUGUUCAUCUCCUUUUACUAUAGGGCCAAUACAACACACUUCAAGAUGCAGAUGACUUUUGUCUCCUCAGUGAUUCCCCAACUUGUCAUAAAUCAUUAAUUUAGACUGAUAUAAAUGGACGCUGCUUUCCAUUGGCAUACACCAAGCAAAGCACAGCAUAGAGUUCUUCUACAUCAUAGGCUUUAGGGAAAUUUUCAUUUUUAUUACACAACCAAAAAAAGUCUUGAUAUCUUGGUUUUUAGGCCUGUUCCUGGGAUUAUUUGGGGUGCAAAUUGCAUUGGAUACACCACAUCAGCACUAGUUUCUUAAAUAAGGUUAUCAUGAGUUUUUAUGGGCAAGGAGAUGAAGACUGGUAUAUGGCAUAUGUUCUGUAUCUUAAAAACUAGAGCUAAAAGGGGUGAACUGGUGCCAUUAUUGGAAUUAGCAGGUCAAAUAUGCUAAGAAACAGGUCUAACAUUUGAGACACCAAAAUGUGUGUUGGCCAGUAUUAUCUGAAGUAAAGUCCACUUGUUUAACAACUUCUUCUAUAAUGGGUCCAAAGCACCAAAGAGAUAAGGCACCAUGAGUAGCAAAUCUCAUUUCACCUCUGAGUAGGAAUUCUUCCUCAACCCUGAAACUUUCCUUCAGUUGCCAAAUUAAUAUAGUUUUGCAAAGAAUGAGCCACUGAAACACAUUUACACCUAGAAUGCAUAUAUUUGUUGUUUUUGCAUCUCCUGGGGAUUUUAUCUGCCUCUCUUCUUUGAAUGCUAAACACUUAUCCAAAGAUAAUGUAAUUGUAAUACAAGUAAUCUGAGGUCUGAAGGAAAAUUUCAUUUUGAGCACAGAAUUUUUACUUGGGGAGAAUGAUCUUAAUUAAUCCCCUGCAUUAACUACAACCCUGCAACCAGCUAAUUUACCCAGUGGCCUUCAGCAUCCCAAAGCAACAGCAAUGGCUCCUUUUGACUCUGGCCAUCUCCAUAGUGAAUUCUCCUUAUAUCAUACAUGUUUGACACAACUGAUGCAUGUAUUGUAGUCAUUUUGUAGCUAUAUUUUAUAUUGUAUGUUUCUAUGCUGUUGUAAACCGCCUUGAGUUCAUUAGAGAAAAGCGAUAUAGAACUUUUCCAAAUGAAUAAUAACAGACAUUAAAGUUACCUCUCUGUGACAGAAAUCUAUCUGAUGAAUAUACAUGAAGUAAUAUGGUGGAGGUGAUGGAUAAUAAAGGUUGCCAUAUUUGAAACAAAACCUCACAGAAACCAAUGCAUGCAAGUUAAAAUAACAAAUUGUACUCAGAACUGCUACAACUAACAAUCAGAUUUGUAAUACGUUUGAGGAAAGUAUUGCUUGUUGAGUACAAGUAACCUCACUUUGUUGCCCUAAAAUUCUUGCCAGUAACCAAUGACUCCCCAUUGGGGCAGGCAAAUCUUUGGAGUAAAAACUGUGAAAUCAGGCUCCCAUACAUCUUUUUCCACUUUUUUUCAACUAAAUAUUGGUUGAAAUGUCAAGCAGAAAUUAUUAUGGUUGCUAUUUUGGCUGAUAAACUGUUGUAAAAGAGAUAGUAAAGGUGGGCAGAUCCUAGUUGAUAAAUCCACCCAAAAUCCAUGGAGUGGUGCAUUCACCAGAUUUUCCUCUAGAAAUAAACUGAUGUUAAUUGGUUAACCUUUCAGCAUGUAUUGGGUGUUUGAAUGUAUAGUUUUGAUCAGGUCCCUAUAUAACAUAGUCACUAACUUCUCCAGAUGUUAGACAUGCUGCAGAUCUAAUGAUGGGUGGGCAACAUGUGCCAUCAAACUUUUUUAUGGUUAUUGACUUCCUCCAGAUUUCACCACCAGUUAUCUGGACAAACUAAGUCAAGAUCAAUUUUCUUUAUCUUUUAAAUAGAUCCAUUACUACAUUUUUCAAAACCAGAAGUGCAGAGGGGUUAAAGUGGAGGGAAGGUCAUGUGGCUCAGGAAAAUGCCAGGGGCAGAAAACUGACCCUCAGAUCUGUAUCAAUUUCCCACUUCUUGAAUAAUGAUCAAAUCUGGAAACUAGUUUCAUAGUGAAGCCUAGAACUCACAGCAAACUGCUUCUAUCUCUCAUGGGCUUGUGGAGAAUGGUUGUCACAUGUUGGGCCUCUGAUGAUGGUUGGACCAAGGGAAUGUGCACCACACCUCACCCCAAGAUCUUAAGACUCUGGCAGGUUCAUACAGAGAGAUGAUAGUAUUGAUUCUUCACAUAGGAGACUUUGACGCAUCUAAGCCUAACAUGACAUAAAAAUGUUUCUAGACUGUGUCAAUAAUUGUUCUCCAUGUGUUUCUAAAUGUAAUAGGAUUCACUAGAAGUCAGAUUAUAUGUGUUGUCGAAGGCUUUCAUGGCCGGGAUCACAGGGUUGUUGUAUGUCUUUCGGGCUGUGUGGCCAUGUUCCAGAAGUAUUUUCUCCUGACGUUUCGCCCACAUCUAUGGCAGGCAUCCUCAGAGGUUGUGAGGUAUGGAUAAACUAAGUAAGGAAAGGAAAGAAUAUAUAUCUGUGUAUAGUCCAAGGUGUGGCAAGAGUUCUUUGUCACUGGGAGCCAGCAUUAAACAUUACGUCAGGAGAGAAUACUUCUGGAACAUGGCCACACAGCCCGAAAGACAUACAACAACCCAGUCAGAUUAUAGUUGCAGUAGAUUCUGCCCUCAAAUUUCUGUCUCAGGUCAUAGUAGAGUAUGCCUCCAUCUUCAAUACCAAAACAUCUGGUAUGAGAAGAGUUCACUUGAGUUGGCUUUUGAUUAAUAGGCCUCCUUAAUCACAUUCAUUUGCCUUUGGCUUCCUAAAAAUUAGGUUGUUUUAUAUAUAUAUAUAUAUAUAAUUGCUUAACUUUGAAGACAAAUAGUGGCCACUGCUAGUUUACAAAAAAUAUUUUUAUCAUUUCCUUAAACCAUGUAAGUCCGCUAAUACGAACAGUUUAACAACAGCAUAACUGCAAAGUCUUGUAAGUAUGCUUUAUUUUUCUAUCAUGGUUACCUAUUUUUUUUAAAAAAAGGUGAUAGAGUGACAUUAGUUCACUCCAUUCAAUGAUCUCUUCACAUUAAUAGAAAGUAAAUUCAGUGCCAGUGAAAAAUACUAUUAGGUUGUCCAGGGCAAUUUCCAAAUAGAAUAGGUUCUAGAAUCAGUUAUAUAUCCAGCUUUUGAAUGUGUGGAAAACAUCUCUGUCAGUAAGUUCUGCAUGGAUACUUUAAUAAAGUACUUGGCAGUUUGCUUGUUUUGUAUGCUUCUGUGCUUCAUUUGAUGCAAAGCUGUUUUGAGCAUAGAUGCCAAGAUAUAACAGAAAUUGAUUUAUGCUUCCUAAAGUAUAUGUUCUUUCACAAAGAAAAUUAAUACAGUAUAUGUAAUUUAUUUUUUAUUUUAACUUAACAUGAAAAUAUGUCAUUUUUGUGUGUAUGUUUUUAGUGGACACAAAAACAGUUUGGAUAUAACAAUUUAGUUAACAUUUGUACUAUAUGAAUUCUUCUUUUAAUUAUGUAGAGAAUUAGAUCAUCUUCAAUGUUCUUGAAGUUUUAAAAGGGAUGUGAAAUAUACAUUAAUUAAUUUACAGCUAGUUUUACAUUUCAAGAACAUUGCAAGUGUUUGAAUGCCAAAGAACUUGACAGUAUUUGUACUGCCUGUGUAGGGCAGUAGUAACUAAUUAUUAGGUACAUUUGUUAUCCAGUCCUGUGCCACAGAAUCAUCUUAUGAUAUUUCACCUACAUUUGCUGGUCAUAUAAUAACAUUUCAGCUAUAAUGGCAUAUAGUCUGUUGUCAUUAAGUCCCAUUGAAUAUUUCAUUAUAAUGGGUAUUUAAACAAUAAGUUUUAACUUUGUAAGUAGUUGCUCAGAGUAAUUGCCUGCAAUGACUAAGGGGUCUUUAUUAAAAUCUGUGGAUAUUUUUUCUUCAUCCCAGGGUACACAGGCAUAUAUUUAAGCUAGAGAUGUAAAAUGUUUGCAGGCUAAUUAACUCAUACAUUUAUUUACCAGGAUUAACCUAGCGUUGAUAAAUGUCUUUUCCAUACCAUGAAAUUGUCAUUAUAAAUUGAACACAGAGCUUAUUUAUGUCCAAAUUUCUUUUGACCUGGCCAAUUUUUUAAGAUUGAAAGUUCCCCAGCUGUGUACUAGUAGGAUUAUGAAAUAUUAUUCUAUGUGGAUAAAUCUACUCUUUUAAACAUGGCAGUGCAUUUUAACUGUUAACCAAUGUUAUAGACAUCUGCUUUCUGUAAGUCAGUCUUGUACUACUUUGACUUUCUGUGUUCAAGAUAUUGUCACUGGUCACCUGAAAUGUCAAUUUUCUGUGAAAUUAUAUUUUGUAAACCUGA